UUACAGUCAUUAAUACAAUUCCUAGUGACACAAAUUAAUAUCCUGUCCCAUCCAACCCGAAAUAAUGUAGGAUUUCAGACAUCAUUUUCAGUCAUUUGUAAACUGACAUUAUUACAAUGGUGGUUUGGAACUCUACAGAAGCAGUGUUUAAUACAGAAGAUGGAGAACUGAUAUUACACAGCAGGCAUCCUUUUACAAUAAACAAAAAGAUUCCAAAGAUUGUUGGUGUUGUGUCUAUAUUGUUGAUCCAAGAUGGAGAUACCGUAGAACCAACCUUAGCAGGUGUUAUACCACAGUUUACAAGAGCUGGCGGCUCUGUUAUUGAUUUAAGUGGUAUAGACGAUGAACCGGGAUCGUCAAAUAAUCCUAAGUUUACAAUACCAGCUUCACUGUCUCUUGUUCCUAUGCCAUCUGUAUUUGGAGGACAUUUAAAGCCAAGUAUUUCUUCUGAUAUACAGGAUACUUCAUCAUCUGGUAUACCAUACCAGAGAACCAAUUCCGAGACAGCUGCUGUUCCCAAAAUAUCAUCUGGAUUAUCAAGAUCAUCUCUACAAGGUUUUGGCUCUGCGAAUGAAGCAACUGCCAGCCCUUACUCUUACCAGUUUACAAAUCUGAAAUUUUCAGAAUCUUCAGAUAAACAUCAUACAAAUCAUAUCUCAAAUUUGUCACAAAAAAAUCAUCAUGAAAACAAAAAUCAGACUGAAAAAUAUAUAAGACUUGAACCACGAAUAGAUACAUCUGUAAAUGAGAAAGAUUCUAGGAGCGAUCAGUUUAGUAGUUUGUUAGCUCCUGUAAAUAAUGGUUUUGAUUCAACAUUGCCAAGUACUGUUAAUGAUUAUGAUGUUCAAGAUUCCAACAAGUCAGCAAUGGAGGGUGUGCCUGCACAAGGUUUUUUGUCAGAAUUAGAGGCUGAAUAUGCUAUAGAACAACACAAUAAGUCUUUAGAGCAGAAAGUUCCAGAGAAAAUUUAUGAACCACCACACAAAGUACAUGAUUUUGUGUCAAAGGUUAGAAACCAACAAAGAAGUCAUCAAAAUUCUAAAAAUAUUCCUAGGUGUUUGACAUGCAAUGUACGGCUUGGUACAUACAAGGAACUUAUAAACCAUAAUACUGUUCAUGGUAAAUCCAGUGUAUGUCCUGUUUGUAACAGGUUUUUCACCACUAGAGGGAGUUUUAUCAGACAUAGCAUUGCUCAUAUGCAGAAACGCAGUUUUCCAUGUCCAUGUUGCUAUGCUUGUUUUACACGGAAAGAUAAUUUAAAGCGUCACUUCAACGUUACCCACAAGACUACUGAUUGGAAACCAGUAGAUACACAAAAUUUGGAAGAAAAGGUUCAAAGCAGUUCUAAAGAUUUAACUGAACAAGAAGAAAUUUCUGAUGUAUUUGAAGAUAAUAACCCAUCUAACUUUUCACCUGUAUUUCCAACAUUUGAACAACCUACAAAAGUUUCAGGUGUUGCCACAGCAACAAAGUUUAUUGAUAAAACUUCUAAGUUAAACUCCAUUGUGGAUAAUCUUCAUUGCAAGAAGAAAUUGCCUGUGUUAAGAUCCAUAUUGACCAGUAAACAUAUAAAAGAACCCAUUGGAACACAUAUAUCUGAACAACCUAAAAUUGCUGAGCCUUCAAAUGCUGAAAUUUUAGAAAUUGACUUAGAAGAGGAUAAUUUUGAGAAAAAUGCUGGUGUGAAUUACAUGUGUAGUGCAUGUAAUAUUGGUUUCCAUUCCCUCGCUGAGAUGAAAGCUCAUAUAGUAAGAAGCCACGGGGAAGAUAUAGCUAAUGACCAAUUAUCAUCUGAAGAUGAUUCUAAAGACCAGCUUGAUGACUUUGAUGACACAGAUCACCAGGGUAAAUCUUUGAAUACAAAAGAAGAAGGUAUAAGUGACUAUAAUGCCUGCCCUGAAAUAGUGAUUCAAGAAAAUCAAACAUUUGAAGGACAACAAGUGGAUGAAUUUUUAAAUUCUAAUGUUUUUGCUAUUGAAAGUAUGAAAAAUGACAGUGAAACUUCAAAUAAACAAUCUGAAGUUCAGGUGUCAUCAAAUACUGAACUACUGUUGAAUCCACAAAUCAAACAGGAAUCUGAAAUAGAUUUAGAAAGCUGGAUCAAGUGUCAGUCCCUAUAUGACAGUUCUGAGAAAGAAGAAAAUGAAAUUAAACCAGAAACUGGGAAUUGCAGUACUGAGAUAUACCAAAGUCAGACUCAGCCAAGUGCUUUAAUCUUGCCAGAUACAGAUGCUUUAUUUGCUAAACAUUUAUAUGAACCUGCAGGGAGUAUUCAGAACAAACACAAUCAUGUUGUUCAAAGGCCAAAGCAAAAAGAGAGAGAAAGUAAACCAAAGAAACGUAGGAUUGCCCUACAUAGUGAAUUGACUGUAUGUCGAUUAUGUGGUAUGUAUCUUGACUCAGGGGCGCAAGUUGUCCAACAUGGAACACAACAACAUCCUGGUCAGAUAGAUCCAGCUACAUGUGUCGUCUGCUUUACAAAGCUCAGCGGGUAUGACUCUCUUUACCGCCAUUGCCAGUUGCAUUUUGGUGUCAUGUUUUCAUGUCAGUAUUGUAAAUCUAAGUUUACAAGAAAAGAUAAUCUGACAAGACAUAUAAAGAAUACACAUCCUGACCAAAGAAAUCUUAAUGAUACAGUUUAGAUUUGUAUGUUGAGGGAAUUAACCAUAGACAUGGGAGACAACUCUAAAUAAAAAAAUAUGUUUGCAAUAGUAAGGAUACUAAGGCAGAGUUCACUUGAAAGUGUACAAUCGAGUUGAUAGAUUAUUACGUUUUAAAAAACACUAGAGUUGAUAUUCGGAACAACUCUGACCAAGCAUAAAAAAUAAGAUAUUCUCAAUGGUUUGACGUCAUUCAAGAGUUUCUCGACUUUAGCCCUGGCUUGGUGAGGGUUGCAACUAGGCACUGGCUUGGUGAGGGUUGC